AUGUUUGUGGACAUUGUGGACUACUUUGUUGGCACUGCUGUAGGGGUGGAUAGCAAUCUCCAUGAAGAAGCUGACUUAGUUGUUGAACAUGGAAAACCGGUAAAUGACCAUAACACCCCUGAUCUAAAUUUUCCAGACACUGUUGUCCCUGGCAUGCCUGAAUUUGAUCGGAAACUUGGUGCACCUGCAAAAAGGUUCAGCCCACCAUCAGCAGGGGAUUGUUCGACCUUUUCUCAUAUACCUUUUAAUUCGGUUAUGAUGGCUCCGUUGGUGACCUUGCAGAAGAAGGUGUAUAUGUCAAUACUAAGAAGAGAGCUUCCUAAGCUUCUAGGAUUGUCUUUUGGAACUUGUAGUCAUCAAUCCUUGGAGAAUAUUGUUACACAACUACGUAAAGCAGGUAGUCAUCCUCACCUCUUUGCUGGUAUAGAGCCAGAACCAUAUGAAGAGGGUGAACACUUGGUUCAGGCAAGUGGAAAACUGGUAGUCUUAGACCAGCUACUUCAGAAGCUACAUACGUCUGGACACCGUGUUCUUCUGUUUGCACAGAUGACACAUACACUUGAUGUCUUACAGGUUUACUUCAUUAUCUUUUUAUAA